AUGGCAGUGCAAAUGGCAGUGCAAAUUCUUAAAACAAUAUCCAGAAAGCUACCGCCGCUGAGCGAUAUUUGGAAGAACAUCACUCCAAAUUCUUGUAUGAAUAGGAACUCUUCUGGCUUCAAUACGACAAUUUCAACAAAACCUUAUGACAUUCUAAGCAUUGUCACAUGUAGUGACAGCUGUUCUUCACAAAAUGCUACUUUUUGCCAUGUCAAAGAAAUCAAGUUGAAGGGUCUCAAUCUAGUGGGAGUUUUACCAGAAGAAUUUGGAAAUCUUACUCAUCUUGAAGUAAUUGAUCUCAGUGGCAACUACAUCAGUGGAUCAAUCCCACGAAGCUUUUCUCGUCUUCCCCUGCGUAUACUAGCUGUUUUGGGAAACCGACUCAGUGGUUCCAUUCCUCCGGAGAUUGGUAACAUUAGUACGCUCACGGAGCUGGUAUUAGAGGCUAAUCUCUUUGAUGGCCAUCUUCCUCCAGAGCUUGGGAGAUUGCGUAACUUGCAAAGACUCUUGCUGAGUGCAAACAAUUUUACUGGACCAAUACCAGAAACGUUUGGAAAGUUGUUGAACUUAACCGAUUUUAGGAUAGAUGGGACCAGAAUAUCAGGGAGCAUACCUGCACUUAUUGGGAACUGGACCAAUCUUGGUAGAUUGAAUAUGCAGGGCACAUCCAUGGAGGGUCCUCUUCCUUCCAGCAUAUCAAAUUUGAAAAACUUGACUGAAUUGAGAAUAUCUGAUUUGGUGAGACCAAGUACAACUUUCCCCAAUUUGCGAGAUUUGAAGCUUUUGCAAGUAUUGGUAUUGAGGAAUUGCUUAAUUAAUGAUAAAUUUCCAGAUUACAUUGGAGAGCUGAAAAAGUUGAAGACAUUGGACCUGAGUUUCAACAACUUGACUGGUGUAAUUCCAAAGGGAAUGGAGAACCUAAAAUUCGUGUUUUUGACCAACAACUCGCUGACUGGAGAAGUAUCAGAGUCGAUAAUAAUAAACCCCAAGGCCAAUUUUGAUUUAUCGUACAACAAUUUCACCAAACCAAGUGACCAGCUUGGUUGUUCAGCGAUGGAAAGAGUGAAUCUAGUUUCAAGUUACAGAGAUUCUGAGACAAAUUUUACACAAAAAAGACAAAUCUUAAAUGUAGUUCGUAUUAUAAGUGCAGAUCAUUCUUUGUAUAUCAAUUGCGGAGGGGAGAGCACGACAGUUGAUGGGAAUGAAUAUUUAGAGGACGAAACCAAAGGGGAUAAGGCUAAAUUUUUUUCACCAUCAUCAGAGAAAUGGGCCUAUAGUAGCACUGGGGUUUUCAUGGGUAACGAAAGUUUACCUUACACCACACGGUCGUCGGCUUUAAAUGAUUCUUCAAAAUUAUAUGAAACGGCACGCCUUGCUCCUCAAUCACUCAAGUACUACGGCCUCUGUUUGCUAAGAGGCAGUUACAAAGUGCAGCUUCACUUUGCUGAGAUUAUGUUUUUUGAUAACCAGACAUUUCAAAGCCUUGGCAGGCGCAUAUUCCAUAUCUCAAUUCAGGGAAUAUUAGUGAAGAAGGAUUUCAACAUUGUGGAGGCAGCUGGAGGUGCUCGCAAAGACCAUACCGAGACAUUUCAGAAUGUUUUUGUUAAUGGUAGCACUCUGGAGAUCCACUUGUACUGGGCUGGAAACGGAACCAAUUCCCUUCCUCAACGGGGAGUCUAUGGACCUCUUAUAUCUGCUAUUACUGUCACACCAAACUUUAGUGUUGAUACUGGCCUCUCUGUUGGAUCGAUUAUUGGCAUUGUAGCUGCAUCGUGUGUGCUUGCCGUGUUUAUUUUAUUUUGGCUUCGAAAGAAGGGUUAUUUAGGGGGGAAAGAACUCGAAGAUCCAGAGCUACGUGGGUUAGAGUUACAAACAGGAUAUUUCUCACUAAGACACAUAAAAUCUGCUACUCGUAAUUUUGACCCUGCAAACAAGAUAGGCGAAGGAGGUUUCGGGCCUGUUUACAUGGGUACACUAUCAGAUGGUCGUGUGGUUGCUGUUAAACAACUCUCAUCAAGAUCAAAGCAAGGCAAUCGUGAGUUCCUCAAUGAGAUAGGCAUGAUAACUGCAUUACAACACCCAAAUCUUGUGAAGCUUUAUGGUUGCUGCAUCGAAGGAAACCAACUGUUGCUCGUCUAUGAGUACUUAGAAAACAAUAGUCUUGCUCGUGCAAUUUUUGGUCCCAAGGAACACCAACUAUUCUUGGAUUGGCAAACAAGACAGAAGAUAUGUGUGGGGAUAGCAAGGGGUCUAGCAUAUCUUCAUGAGGAGUCAAGGUUGAAAAUUGUUCACAGAGAUAUAAAGGCAACCAACGUGCUUCUUGACAAGGAUUUCAAUGCCAAGAUAUCUGAUUUCGGUUUAGCAAAGCUUGAUGAAGAAGAGAACACUCAUAUCAGCACACGGAUAGUUGGGACAAGAGGUUAUAUGGCUCCAGAAUAUGCAACGAGGGGUUACUUGACCGAUAAAGCCGAUGUUUACAGCUUUGGAGUGGUGGCUUUGGAGAUUGUUAGUGGGAAGAGCAACACAAAAUUCUGGCCAAAGGAGGAUUUUGUUUAUCUUCUUGAUUGGGCUUACUAUCUACAAGAAAAAGGCAACAUUUUGGAACUUAUUGAUCCCAUUCUUGGUUCAAAUUACUUCAAAAAUGAGGCUAUGUCAAUGCUUCACUUGGCUCUCUUAUGCACCAAUCAGUCUCCCAGUCUCAGACCACCCAUGUCUGUUGUUGUUAGUAUGCUUGAAGGUAAAAUUCCGGUCCAAGCACCAAUAGUCGAACGCAGCUCGAUGGACCAUAACGCAAGUUUCAAAGCCUUUGAGAAGUUAGAACAUGACAGCCAAAAAGAUAUUUCUUUGUACCCUCAUGACACUCAAGAAUUAGGCACGUCAUCUGAUGCGCCUUGCAUUGAUUCCUCUGUUUCUCUCCACACUACGGACAAUGUCUCAUCAAAUACUAAGCUCCUCUCACAUGAUGCCUAAGCUGUGGAAUGGAAUAAGAUGAAGAGAAGACUAUCAAGAUUGUUGCAUAGGUAUCAUUGUAUACUUGUUUAGAAAUAAAGAUACCAGUUGAAAAUUUCAUGGGAAUUAUCAUUCUUAACUCAAGUUAAAUGUUUGUUGUGAAAUAUAGAUCUCUUGGUUCUUUAUUUCCAAAAAAAUUUAUUCUUUUAAUGAGUUUUUAGAAACAAAGUACUACAUUUUAUGAAAGGGGAGUUUAGCAAUGCCCUGUUUUUUAUAAUACGAGUACGACU